CGAAAGAUCUGAUUGGUUAGUAUCAGAGACGAACUUUGACCUUGUAGACAUAAACUUCCGGAUAACUUGGAACUUUUUUGAUAGAUUCUGUUUUUAUCUUAAAUGUCUGAUUUAUAACUUGAAUUUCUUUUAAUUUACAUUCUACUUUGAAAGAGAAAUUCUCUGCGUAACAUUGGCAGAUCAAGAUGCUAGUUGAAUUGUGAUACUUACAGAUGCAUCAAAACCUGUCUGUACCUUACACAUUGAUGUACCACUUUUUGUGUGACGCUUCAGAGUGGUUGUGGCACAUUAUUAAUCCCUUACAACAAAUACAGUUGGAUAAUCAUCCCAACAAUGAAAGUGCUGGUUCUAGCUGCUGGUUAUGGUACCCGAUUGGAACGUGAUUUGAAAGAGUCGACUGAAUACAAACAUUUGAUUGGUGUUCCUAAACCACUUUUACCGAUUGGAAACAAACCACUCAUCUCCCACUGGUAUGACACGAUAGAGAAAACAGAAGAGAUAGAUGGAGUGUAUGUUGUGACUAACGCUAAAAAUCAUAAAUCAUUUGAAGAGUGGGCAAAAGGAAAGGCUAAUGUGGAGUUAGUUUGUGAUGGCAGUACAUCCAAUGAGACAAGGACAGGGGCAGUUGCCGCAAUAGGACUUACUAUAGAGCACUUCAACAUCAAUGACAGCCUAAUUGUCAUUGCAGGGGACACCCUCUUCUUUGAUGACUUUAGACUCCAAGGAAUACUAGAGAGCUAUAAGAAUAUACAGGGGGAUCAGGGAGCAGCUAGUAUGUUGGUCUAUACAAUAUGUUCAGAUGAUGAAGUGUCUAAAAGAGGUAUUUUAGAAACCGAAGGCACCAGAGUAUGUGCCUUCCUUGAGAAACCAAACCCAGAUAACACUGAAUCGAGGAAAGCAUGCCCAUGCUUCUAUGUCCUACAUAAGGAGAGCCUUCCUCUAGUGAAACAGUUCCUCAAUGAGAUGAAAGAUCUUCCUCUUAAAUCAAGAGAUGCCCCAGGAAAUUUUAUUUCACAUUUGAUUCAAAGGCACCCUGUUCAUGCAGUUGAAAUCUCUGGCAGAUAUGAUGUAGGGGGACUUCAGUCUUAUGUAACAUGUCAUCAACAUUUUCUUGGAAGGACUUAAACAUUGAAAAGUGAAUAAAAAUUUGUGCAGUUAAAAUACCCAAGAGUAAACAAGGAUAUUUUGCAAGUCUAGUGAUUUUUGAAGUUAAAUGUUCAGUACUUUGAUAGGGCAAUGUGUAGACCUUAGCCACUGUGGUACAAGGCCCACAAAUGAAUGGCACACAUCAAAUGACGACACCAACUAACUUACACUUGUUCCACCUUAACAUGAAUAAUGUUGCAUUAGGCCCACCUUAAUAAUAUAAAGUAUAACAUAGAAGACGUAUAUGGCUGGAAAGAAUUUAUUG